AGUUCAGUUUGCUAACAGAUUGUGUGACGAGUGCAUCUAAACAGCUCGAUUUCAGAUCCAUUUAAAUUUCAAGGGGCUUUUUCAAUAAAUGUAAUUCCAACAAUUCGUGUGGAUAUCUUAAAAUACUCAUUAAACUUGGAUUAGACGUACAUAUAGUUGAUAAGUUGCAAAAAUGAGGCUAAUGUUUAUCCCAGUAUUUUUAAUGAUAUUUGGUCAAUUGAUUCGCGCUAAUUCCAUUAAAAGCUCAGCCAAUCAAAUUACCGAAUUUAUUAUACUACACAAUAAUGAUAUGCACGCAAGAUUUGAGCAGACGAAUAAAUAUGGUUCUGUAUGCAAUCAGGAUGAUGCCAGUAUGAAUAAAUGCUUUGGUGGCUUUGCAAGGGUAGCACAUGAAGUCCGAAAAUAUCGCGAGGAGGCCAAUAAUGGGGGUACUCCCGUGCUAUACUUAAAUGCAGGCGACACCUUCAGCGGAACUGUUUGGUUCACAGUCUUCAAGAAUCAAAUCGCUAGCGCCUUUCUCAACAAACUUCACCCGGAUGUGAUGUGCCUAGGAAAUCAUGAAUUCGAUGACAAUAUCGAGGGCCUAGUCUCGUUUCUUAAUGCUGUUGACUUUCCUGUUGUCGUGUCGAACUUGGACUACUCAAAGGAACCCGAACUGGUUGCCACCAAUAAAUUGAGCAACUCGACAAUUCUAGAGGUCAAUGGGACUAAAAUUGGCAUUAUUGGUUAUCUAACACCAAAAACCAAGGAGGACUACAUCAACAAAGUGGAGUUUCGUGAAGAAAUCACAUCCAUCAAUGCUGAGGCAACAAAGUUAAAGGAUCAAGGAAUUAAGAUAAUCAUUGCUCUGGGCCACUCUGGUUAUCAAAAGGAUCAGGAGAUUGCCAGAGAAUGUCCCGAUGUCGAUAUAGUCAUUGGUGGCCAUUCGCACACCUAUUUGGACGCCAAUAAACCCAUCGCUGACAAGGACGACACCAAUCCUGAGGCUGUGCGAGGACCCUAUCCCACCACAGUGGUUCAGCCAAGUGGCAAAAAAGUACCUGUGGUUCAGGUAUUCACCAAUUCGAAGUAUUUGGGCAAGUUACAUGUGCAGUUCGAUGCGGAUGGAAACUUAGUUCAAUUUGCUGGCUCGCCAAUUCUUUUGAAUGCUUCAGUUGCACAGGAGCAGGAUAUGCUGGAUUUACUGGACGUGUUUCGUCCAAAUAUAACGGCUAAAGGCGAGCAAGUUAUAGGCCACACCAGGGUACUUUUGGAGGGCGGCAAUAUGUGUCGACUGAGAGAAUGCAAUCUGGGUAAUCUGGUGGCAGACUCAAUGGUGUAUUCUCGCAUGCUGGAAAAUAAGGGCGGCGAAUAUUGGACUGAUGCAGCUAUUGCUUUGAUUUCGGGUGGUGGCAUACGCACCUCUAUCAACAAGAAGGCUGAUGGAGCUAUAACUUUUCGAGACAUGGCUGAAACGAUUCCCUUUGAGAAUCGACUGUUUGUAACGCGCCUUAGCGGAAAGACCCUGCUCAAUGCCUUGGAGCACUCAGCGUCUGUUCGUAACAAAGACUCCAACGGCGGCUUUCAGCAGCUAUCUGGCCUGCGAGUGGAGUACAACUACGAUAUGGCUGAGGGACAUCAAGUAACAUCCGUUUUAGUGCUCUGUGCCGAAUGCAAAGUUCCUUCCUACAGUAAACUCAAUGAAUCGGCUUACUACAACGUUGUGGUGCCCGAGUUUCUCAUGAAUGGCGGCGAUGGAUUUACUCUCAUUGAAGCGAACAAUCCUUUCACUGAACUACUGGGGAAGGAUGAUAAAGGUGCUCUACAACAGUAUCUAGAGGGAAACAAUUUAGUUUACACUGGCGUAGAGGGUCGCAUAGUUAUAACAAAAUCAUAAAUUAAUCGCGUUAACUUCCUUAAAUAUUUAGUAUUCAAAUACUCAUUUCCACUUCUAAUAAACUAAUUAUGAGCAUAUUUACCAAAUUCAUUGAAU